CGUCGGCGGGAUAGGAAGAAGCGAGUGUGUGCGUUCGUGAGUAGCGCGAUGGUGUAGUGGGUUUUAAAUGUCGUGAAAUUAGAGAGGCGAAGAAGCGAUCAAAUGUUUUGGACUUUGAUUGCGUCUUGUUGUCACCAACGGGGACAGGUCGAGUGAAUCGAAAUCGAAAUUGAAAACAAAAGCUGGACUCGUUGACCAUCGAUGAUGUGUACCGUGCUGGCGCUUGUGAUGCUGCAGAUAGCGGCGACGCUAAUUCGAUCCAGCGCGUCCCAAAACGCCGGCCUUUUGGCUGGCGAACCGAUCCAUCAUGACUUGCUGAAAGCAAUUGAAGUUCCUUUACGAGAUGAAGAACACAUCACGUUCGGGAUGGGUGUCGAUGGAUUCCCGGCUUUUGUUCUCUUUCGCGGCCAUGAUGUCAAAAUUCCCUACAAAGUUCUACUUCCGGACAAGCUCUAUUCCGACUUUUCUAUUCUCGUCACAAUCAAGCCUGAUAACAAUGAAGGUGGUUAUCUGUUUGCUGUGGUCGACCCACUUGAAACCCUGGUCCAGUUUGGUGUGCGAAUCAGCCCUGGAGGGCCUAAACAGAGUGAAAUCUCUCUGUACCACACCCACCCAGAAGACCGUUUUGUGUCAAAGGUAUUGGCCAAAUUUCUCGUUCCCUCUUUCACCAAGAAAUGGACACGAUUCGCUUUUCGUGUGCUGGACAGCGGCAUGGGCGUGCCCAACGUGACGCUCUUCUUCAACUGCAUCGAGUACGGCAGUAUCAUCAUCUCUAGCGUGCCGUGGAAGGAGCAGCUAACCUUUGACACAGCCUCGACUCUGUAUAUAGGCCAAGCUGGAGACCUCAUCCUACCUCCUGGAGAGUUUGUGGGCACCAUCCAGGAGCUGAAACUGACCAACGAGCCGAGUUUAGCCAGCGUCCAGUGCGAAGACAUCCUUCCGUUUUCUGGAGAUGGUUCCGGUGAUUUCGAUCUCGACGAUUCCCUGGUGAACAAUUUCGAUGUGGAUUCGGAAACGGAUGGCGAAGAUCCGGAUAUCGGAUCGGGCAUCGACUCUUCAUCGAUUGACAAGAAUUCGCCGUCGUCAACAGCCGGACUGCUCGAUCCAUCUCAACCGCUUCCGCCGUGUUCGCCACCUCAUCCGCCUCCCCCUCCGCCCGUGUCGCCCGACGUUGUCGGAAUUGUACGAGAAAUGCACGGAAUGCAGAACGGAUUCCGUUGCAGCGAAAAGGGCGAGCCGGGCGAACGCGGAGAGAAAGGCGAAAAGGGAGACGCAGAGCGGGGCGGCGGCGUUUGUGGAUGCAACGAGACCUCUAUCAUCUCAAAGCUGGCCGAACAAGUCAAACAGGGCGUGCCUGGCCCACCGGGCGUCGACGGCAAACCUGGCAUGACGGGCAUUCCGGGCGCCCAAGGGCCAAUCGGACCUACAGGACCUGCUGGCCCAGCUGGAGAUAAAGGCGAGCGCGGAGAUGCCGGCCCAAUUGGCAAGGAAGGACAGACUGGUCCGAAAGGCGAGCCAGGUCGUGAUGGACUUCCAGGAAUUCCUGGCAACCCGGGACUGCCAGGACCACCGGGUGUGGCCAGCGGACCUCUCAUUCUCGAAGAUGGAUUUGGAUCGGGUUAUGGAGCUUUAGGCCGACCAGGAAGUCCAGGACCUAAAGGGGAUGCUGGAAUGAAUGGCAAACCGGGACCGAGAGGCGAAAGAGGAGAUCCGGGACCCAAAGGCGAACGUGGCGUUAAAGGAGACACUGGCAACGACGGAGAACGCGGACAUCCUGGCAAGGAUGGAACUCCUGGAACCAAAGGCGAUCAAGGAUCUCCAGGCCUCGACGGAAUGCCCGGACUGCCGGGAGAAAACGGACGACCGGGUACCAAAGGCGAAGCUGGGGAACGCGGUCUGCCGGGACUGCCCGGUCCGCCUGGUCCUUCUAGCCCCAUGCAGCUGGACGAUAUGGACGUGGGAUCGGGUGGCGGGCCGCUAUUUGGUUCGUCCAAAUGGCCCAAAGGGACGAAAGGAGAGCCGGGCGACAAAGGCGAUCGAGGAGCACAGGGCAUCAUGGGUCUCGCUGGUGCGAAAGGCGACGCUGGAGAACCGGGACUGCCAGGAACUAAAGGCGAUGUCGGACCUGCCGGCCCGGCCGGUCCCGUUGGACCAGCUGGACCUACUUCGGUCAUCUCGAGUCUGGCAGGGAUGAAGGGCGAUCAAGGAGAACGGGGCAAAAGAGGCAAACCUGGUCCUCCAGGCUCACCAGGACCUUCGGGUCCUGCUGGCGACAACGGUGAAAUCGGUAUCCCCGGCUACCAGGGUCGUGUUGGUCGUCCAGGUGCGAUGGGCCCACCCGGCUUACCGGGAGCUAAAGGUGAACCAGGGACAUCUAGUGGAUUCCUGGGUAGCUCACCGGGACCCAAAGGUGAUACUGGAGCACCAGGCAAACCUGGCACUCCAGGAAUCAACGGCCGUGACGGACUACCAGGACCUCCAGGUCCACCAGGCCCUGCCAGUCCUCCCUCGUUUCAUCAUCAAGCUGCUCAUCCUAUUCCUGGUCCUCCAGGACCUCCUGGGCCACCGGGACCCCCAGGUCCUCCAAGUGGUUCGUCUAGACCAGGAUCGUCACAAGGCGAGGAGAAUCAGAAAGUGGUGCCGGGAGCCAUCAUUGUCACCAAUAUGGAAGCUCUUUUCAAGAUUUCCGACAUCAGCCCCGUCGGAACGAUCGCCUACCUCUACGAAGAGGAGAGUCUUCUAGUCCGCGUCCGUAAAGGAUGGCAAUACAUCUCUAUGGGCAAUUUCGUUCCGUUGCCGGCGCCGACGACGACAACAAUUGCGCCGCCGACCACAUUGAAACCGACGCCGGCCAGCGCCAUCGACAAUUUGCUUCCGAAAAUCGCCGAAGGGCCUAGCGAUGAGGAAAUGUGGCAGGACGAACCUGUCAAACCAUCGUUGAGAUUGGUGGCACUUAAUGAACCCCUUUCUGGAGACAUGGGUGGCAUCCAGCGCGUGGAUUACGCGUGCUUCCGACAAGCUCGUCAAGCAGGACUCAAAGGAACGUUCCGAGCUUUUUUAGCUUCGCGUGUCCAAAAUCUUGACACGAUCGUCCGCUCAUCUGACCGUGAAUAUCCAGUCGUCAACCUUAGGGGAGAAGUGUUGUUUCGCACCUGGAACGACAUGUACCGCGGCGGGAGGGCCGGCGAAUUCGCUUCCAGUCGUCAGCACGACAUCUACAGUUUCAACAACCGCAACAUUUUCAAUGACAUCGUCUGGCCGCAGAAGGUGGUCUGGCAUGGAGCCGGACCGAACGGCGAACGCCAGCUGGAUUCGUAUUGCGAUGCCUGGACAUCGAGCGACCCUAAGAGCCUUGGAGUGGCCGCCUCGCUUAUCGGCAGCUCGCCGUCGCAACAGCAACAGCAAGUUCACGCCGGCAAACUGCUGGCGCAGGACAAGUUCUCGUGUCAGAAUCGAUUCGUCGUCCUGUGCAUCGAAGCCACCAGCCAAGGCGUCGGCAGUUCGAGAAUGAAACGAACGCCGGAGCACAUCAUCUCCGAGGAACAUUAUCAAGCCCAUAUUCAGUCCCUUUAUUGAACGCUAUUAUUAGGUUAAAAACAUUGUUUCGUUUUUAUUUUUCCUUUUUGUUUUAACAGAUGACAUUUUUGGUGUCUGAAAUUUUGAAUUUUUAUUUGGAGCCUCACUCGGCAGCUGAUCCCUCCUUUUUUUCUUUUUUUAAUCUUUGCCUCUUGUGCAGCUUUUUUUCCUUUGAAGCAAAACAACAAAAUAAUGUUUGUUAUUUUUAUAUAUUUCUUUUUCUUGUGGAAAUCUUCCUUCGUGGUGUGUGUUGCAUCAGUCACAAAAUGUGUUCUGCGUCCAAGUCUUUGAUACCACGACAGAAAGAUUCUUGACUUUUUUUCUUUUUUUUUUAAUGGUUACAAACUAACACAUCAUCUCUACAACAUAUCUAUCACGCUUCAGUCUCUGGCUUUGCGUUUAAAAAAAAAAAAAUCCCCUUUAAUUAUAUUAUCAACUCUCUUUCAGUUUAAGUUUUUUUUUUUUUUUAAAUAAUCAAUUUGCUAUGAUUUAAUUUGUUGACAAAGAAGAAGUAAUUUUUGGGUUUUCGAUUCCAAAUGUUUUGUGUGAAAGAAACCGACAUUAGACGGUCAGAGAAUUGAUUUGAGUGUAGUCAAAAGAUCCCGCUCGCAGUUUUUGUCCUUGCGUGUCGCGUGUACUAACUUUUACCCCCGUCGUGCGGUGAAAUUAGCCAGGUCUGUUCCUCCCCCCUACCCUUCCAUAACCAGCUGUUUCGAAGAAUUGCCACAACUUUAACAAUCCAUUUCGACACACGAUGGUGGUACUGGCCGGCGUGAGGGCUUGGGAAAGGAGAAAAGAAUUUCGGAAGUAGACGAGUGCAGAAAAUUACAACUCGAAAAUGGAAAAAAAAAAAGAAAAAGAAAAGAAAUUUACUUGUUCUCUCUGCUGUAAUUCUUUUCUUGGUGGUUUGGCGAUGGAGGCGGCCAUCGCUUCGUACACCCAACCGACCAUCCUUACAUGUGAAUUGUCAUUUGGAAAGAGAGUUAUAUGGUCUUUUUACUUUUAUUUUUCAUUGUUUUCUUUUCUGAUUGUUAUCAUUAUCUCCCUCCCCCUUUUUUUUUUCCUUGAUGAAAUUUGUACAUUUCUACAUGGGAACUCUUCAUGUCUUGCCAAAGGCAACACGCCCAUUAUUAUAUCACUUUUGUGUUCUUUAUUGUAAUCAUAACCAGCCAGAGCUUGUUGAAAUACAUUUUUGCUGAUUGUCCAUA